AUGGCCAAACCAAUCAGUAUUACCGGUCCCACUGCCCAAGCCGCAAAAGCUGCGCAGCGGAGCGUCUGCACCCUUCUGGAAAACCUCAAAGCUACCAAAAGUACAACCGAGGCUUUAACAACAGGACUGUGCCAUCGAUUGUCUUCCAUUGACACUGCUUUAGGGAAAUUGUCAUCAGCAUUGGGUCAAUCGCUCAGUCAUGAAAUCCAAUAUCAUCUUCGGUUGGCAACCUGGAGCAACGGAAAUGCAUGUGUUAGAUUCCAGGACACCCUCAGAUAA